CUCGGAACUCGAAAGGUUCUCCCUACUUUCCAACAUUUCUUAGUUGGUGUCUUGGUGAUGUCUUCGGGUUUCGCCUUCGGCCUUGUAACUUGUACCUUAAACCCCUAAAAACUGUUGUUACCCGAAAACCCUAAUCUUUAUUCGAAUUGUACUCGUGUUUCGUUUUGAGUUUCAUCUCUCUCUCUCUCUCUUUUUUUUCAUUGUAUUAUUUGAUCUCUGAUGUAUGUGAUUUGAUUUCUAUCCGUCUAAUCGUCUCUAGGAAUUGAUCAUUUCGAAGUUCCCUUCUUCUAAGUUUUUCCACCAAAUUAACAGAAACUUCCAUGGCUUCUAAGAUUGGUUUGCGAUUUGGAUCCCGCCUACGCAGCGCCUUUUCUCGGAUUCCUGUCCACCGCCGGGCUCCUUUCGUUGCCGUUCUGGAAUCUCCAUCGUUCAUUGACUCACCUCUCCCCUAUCUUCCUGCAGUUCCCGUCGAGUUUCCGUUCUAUAGUGCUGGAUUCCGGUACCUGUCGACCCUCCGUCGCCAACCUGUUCGAACUCGAACCGUAGACAUCGGCGCUAAAGCUCGGCAGCUCCAGAACCGCCGGCUCUGGACAUACGCCCUGACUUUUAGCUGUAUUGCUGGAUUCAUUAUUAUCGUCUUGAACAACUUCCAGGACCAAUUGGUUUUCUAUGUCACCCCCACAGACGCCCUCGAGAAAUUCUCGGUGAAUCCUUCGAAGAACAAGUUCAGGUUGGGUGGAUUGGUUCUUGAAGGGAGCGUGGUUCAGCCCGCUUCGUCGCCUGAUAUGGAAUUUGUGAUUACGGAUUUGAUCACCGAUAUUUUGGUCCGGUACCAAGGCUCGCUUCCUGAUUUGUUCAGAGAAGGGCACUCAGUGGUUGUUGAGGGCUUCAUUCGCCCAUUCACGGACGAGAAUCGGGAGCAGUUGGCCUCGGCGGGGAAGGCUGUUUCAGCCAAAGCCAGGAGUGGGGAGUGUUACUUCGCGGCCACUGAGGUACUUGCUAAGCACGACGAAAAAUACAUGCCGAAGGAGGUUGCAGCAGCGAUAGAGAAAAACAAAGCAAAAAUUGAGGCCGAGUCGGAGAAAGUACGAGCAAGGGAGAGUUGAACCUGGGCUACAGUAUGGUUCCCUGUCUUCUUCAAGAUGUAGUACCUAUUUUAUACUGUCGCAGACUAACAAUUCAGUAGACAAUUGAUUUGUUACAGUAGACUUAGACAGGCGUAUACAUGUUUGGUGGUAAAGGAGAGGCUUUUAUCUCUUCGAGGAUUUUAUUUUCAUUCAUUUUUUUUUUAUUUUUUGUUGUUGUAAUGCGGCAUCCAUUAUUUUUGUUCUCCUCAUUGUUUUGGCCCCAAGAAGAUGUGAGACCAUAUUCUAAUGAAUAAGAGGAUGUUUUUAGCUGCAGUGUUUUGCAAUUGAGAACCUUGCAACCUUGCCUUUUGACUUGAUAGAAUCAUGGAAGUUCAUUGUAAAUUUAUUUUGUUUUUAAAGAGACGUGUUGCCUGAAACUGAAAGGCUUAUCUUUAUUUAAGUUGGUCGUAAUGAUGUUUUCAA